CGGCGCGGAGGAUGAAGUGGAGCGUGCGGGGAGCCUGCGCCGCGCUCUCCAGUUGCCUCCUGCUCGCCUGCGCCCUCAGCGCCGCCGCCGUGGGCCUCAAGUGCUUCUCGCUGGGCUCCGAGCUCAAGGGCGAGCCCUUCCGCCUGGGCACCGCCGCCGGCGCCUUCUACUCGGGGCUGCUGCUGGCCGCCGGCCUCUCGCUGCUCGCCGCUGCGCUGCUCUGCUGUCGCCCGCCCGACGAGGCGCCCGUGCCUCCGGCACCGGCCUCUGCUUUGGCCCCGGCCGGGGACCCGGGCCCGGCGAGCGGCGGCCCCGGCGGGGCGGAGGCGGCGGCCGCACCGUCGGGGCCGGUGGAGAAGGCGUCGCCCGGGGGGCGGCAGAACUUCCUGCUUCUGGGGGUGCUGGUGUUCAUGCUAGGCGUGCUGAGCGCCUUCGCCGGCGCCGUCAUCGACGGCGACACUGUGUCGCUGGUGGAGAGGAAGUACUCGCACUAUUGCCUGCUGCAGCCCGGCGGCGCGACCCGCCCGCGGAGCGGACCCGCGGCCCCUGACGGCACCGCCGCGGCGGUCCGCUGCCAGAAGCUGCGGGACUACCAGCAAGGCUUGGUACUCUCCACCGUUUUCAACGCGCUGGAGUGCCUCCUGGGCCUGCUUAACCUUCUUCUUGUCAAGAACUACAAGGCCGCGCAGCAGCGCGGACGGAGGCGGCGGCGGCGGCGAGCGGCCCCGGCGGCGGCGGCGGCGGCGGGCGGGCGGCGGCGGCGGCGGAGGGGCGGCGGCGGUGGGCGGCGGGUGCCGCGCCACAGCCAGGGCUCCCUCUUCUCCGGAGGCGAGCCCGAGCUCAGCCCCGGGGAUUGCCCCUUUCGGGCCGUCUCCUACAUCAACGUGGGCGUCUUCCACGUCUUCGACGAGGCCGGCGUGGAAGUGCACUGUGGUGGACAUCCCUCCGUCGAGCUGCCCGGCUACUCGCCCAUGGACCCCGAGCUCAGCGCCUCCUAUCCCUAUUGCUACCCUCUGCCCAGUGAACAGCCCCCUGCCUACGAGGAGAUCUAUCCUGGGGAGCCCUGCGCUCACGGCACUUAGCGUCGACCGCCGCCGGGACGCCCGGCUCCCCGCCCGGCCCCCGGAUCGCCGUGACAGCCAGGAGCGGGCCCGCCAGCGCUUCGCAGCCGCGGGGCUCGGGGACACUUCUUGCACCACCGACGGGAUGGUCCCGCCGUCGCGGGCGCAGCGGGACACGGGCGGUGUGCCGCCGUGCCUCUGGCUCUGCGGAAGCUUCUCCCUCCCUUCCUGCUCUCCUCUUCCUUCCCCCCCUUCCCUCCCCCACACCGACCCUUCGUCUGCCGGAGGCUGAAUUUUCCGAAGGCUGCGCAAGAAACUCCUAAGGGUUGGUUCCUCCCGUCGCCUCUCCUCUGUAGCCAAGUUUAGUUCCCUUCAAGUGAUUCAUCAGUCUCCAGCUUUAGCAGUCCAGAGUUACCCAUUUAUGAUAACCAGCCAGUGUAAGGAAAAGGUGUCAUGAAGCUUCUUUACCUCUCAAAAGAGCUAAAUUUCUAAACAACGCAGAGACAUUUGUGUCACGUUUACUAGAGGUGUAUUGGGGAUCUUUAACGUUUACACUACUCCUUGGGAGAAUUGAGUUCUGUUUUAAGAUUUAGUGAGUUAAAACAUUUGUUUGUCUUGUAAGAUGCACAUUGAGAAAAACCUGCACUUUGAAAAAGAAACAGGAAAAAAUCAACAACGUUUUUGUACACUGACGUGCCUGCUUUUGUUGAUAACUUCUUACUGUAAAGGCUUUCAGAAGUCUAUAGUGAAAAUGUUUGGUAAAUUCACUGCAGUUUAAAAUUGAUGAUUAAUUCCUUUACUAAAAUAACUGAGAUGUUGCUAGGAUAUGGCAGUUAAAAAGGAAGUCCAAAUGUAGUACACAUUCCUUUUUGUAAACAGGUUCUGUGUUUUUAACGCAAGGCAAGAUUUCUUUUUGUUUUGCACAGGUGAAGGGCAUAAUUCUAUUUUGUACAACUACAUGGUUUACCUUGUAAAGAGUUCCAUUUUACCUGUUACAAUUCAUCAAUCUGGAUUGUCAAGGCGAAUGCGAACCUGAUCAAUUCCUGUCACCGAAGGGUGAUAACUGCAAGGCUCCUGCCUUAAGUGGCAAAACCAGGGAGAAGGGAGGAGAAACAUGUAUGUGCUCUCAAAUCUCCAUUUUGCCUUCCUGAAGUAAUGACAAGACUUCUUUUUGCCUUAUGGCUUCUUGUUUUAAUUUGCUUCCAGCUUUAGUCACAUCUGUUCAAAGGGAAGGAAGAAUAGGCUCAAUAGUACUCUUUUGGUCACAGUGAAGUAUUGAUUUAGUAGCAAACUGCUCUCAGCUUUUGUGUUCCUUCUGCAGGUAAUAGUGGCUUGUCAAGGUGGUAAAUCAAGUCUGCUGUGUUUGAUGAGACAGGAGUUGCCUUCAUGUGGAAAAAAUUUGUUCCCACCAGCCUAUUAGCAAUUCACAUGAAUUAUUUUCACACUCCAACAUCCUUGCUUAAAUCUUACUUAUACUUUGCAUUGUAAUUGACAGACUGAAUAUACAUUAAUCUAAAAACAGGAAAAAAUAUUUUAGAGGGAAAUUGUAUUAAAGUAGUACAGAUUUUACUCAAAGUUUGAUUUCACUGUAGGACUUCUUUGGUUCACCAAAAAGUGUUAUGGAGGCUGGUAUAACUUCAAUAUAUUUCAGACAUACUGUUUAGUAAUCAGAAAAGGUUUCUGAAUGUUCACAGGAGAAUGGCAAUCUGUUUCUGCUUUUGGAUAUAGUACAUAUGAAAACCUUUUCUUCAUUUUGCCAUUUAAUCCAAGAUUGAUCCUCAAGAAAAUGUCAGUAAUUGAUCUUGUAACUUUAAGAUCAAUAAAAUAAGUUUUAAAGCACAGCAUAUCCUAUAAGAAAA